AAUGACAAGGCUCACGUGCACUCCCUGUUCUCCCCGCUCGUCCAGCAUUUGCACGCAGCACCCGCGCCAGAGCAUGACCAAUUGGAUCAUUGGCUAUGCUCGGCGCUCCUCGUCCCCCUCACUCCACCCCUCGUGCUCUCCUGCUCUCUUUCUCCCUCCUUUUGCUCCCUGUUGCCGAGAUGCCGAUAAGCCAUAGCCAAAGUGCCAGGAGAUGCAGGAAAAUGCAGGACAGCAGGCAAAGCGCUCCCAAAAAUCGUGUUGGGGCCUGGGACGGUAAGCCCAUGACCCGCGCAGCAUGCAGCUCGCACGCACCUGGCCUACAGUCGGCAUCUGGCAUCUGGCAUAUGACAGCUGGCCGAUGGCAAAUUGCUCCAUGUUGGCAUGUUGCCCGGCAACCCCGACCCCGUGCUCGAUGCACGAUGCAUGAGAGGUGCGGAGUGCGCAGUUUGCACAAGCCCAACGUCGAGUCUUGUCAGGGAAACAGGACGAGGUUAGUUCCCCACCCGCAACCUGGAUGCAUGCCUGCAUGCUGCGAGAACAACGUCGCCACCCCCCUCCCCUCCCCCAACUACCCGCACCAGUCUCACCUCACGCUCCUCGCUCUUGUCUCACUCUUAGUCGCUCUCCACAGAUCCCAUUCAGUCAUUAUCUGCCACUGUCUCACUCGUUCAUUAGCAGCCACCGCCUCCGACACAUCAUCGCCACUGACGACGAUCAUCGACGUUCCACACUUGCCACACGUUCCACACGCCACACCUCAGCCAUAAGCCACCCCGUUCACUGCGGCAUAUUCCAUCCAGCUCACUCCCACUCGCAAACAACAAUAACUGCCCCCACCCAGCGCCAUCCCUGCGCACCCACUCCAUCCGCAUUUCUGCAUACAACACCGCACCG